AUACUUAGACAUACUUCACACAUUACUGUAUUCAGUUUUUAUCGUGUUUUUCCUUACACGUAGUACCAUGUAGUUCUAAUGCGUUCUUGUCACGAAAGGAAAGCGCUUCUUUAUUCGUCGUAAAUGGGUAUAAAACACAGUAUUUAUGAAAGUCCCGGUACUUUGAAUUAUUAUAAAUUCAGCACUGAAGAAUACGCAUUGGUUAAAAACAUAUGGUCGGAAGUUGAGAUUAGCCCUCAAAAUCAUGGAAGUGCCUUUUUCAGAACGUGCGUGAUAUUAAAAAAGAAAUUUGCGAAUAACAGAAAAUUAUAUAAUUAUGCGUGAUAUUAUUAUCGAUCGAUGAGAAAUAACUGAAACGUCGUUUAAAGAUCCCGAUUAAAGACGACGAUGUUACGGUAGUUUUUCAAGGGAUCAUGAAAUUCCAGCUUUUGCGAUACCUACCCGCAGUACGUGAAAUUUUUCACGCUAGAACUUAAAGCAUCCGUGAACUUCGAUUUCCGUAACAUUGAGAAAUUUUCGAGGAUCAUCGAAGCUAUGGGAUAUCUACUGCUGGACUUCAACAACAAGCCGAGACAACUGGAUCGAUUCGUCGGUUACCUAGCCAUGGUACAUAAGGAUAUGCGAUUGAACGAACAAGACUUGCACAGAUUCACGUCGUCGUUAUUGGGUUACCUGUCGCAUACGUAUCCCACGCGAAUGACCGCGCAGUGUCAGCACGCCAUGUCCCAAUACAUGGACAGCAUCACAAGAGAGCUUUCGAAGAAGAUGGAGAUCUUUCGCUGCUAUGACAUCGCGCAAUUGGAUGCGGUGACAAAAGUAAGGGACAAGUGUGAUAACUCGGCCUCGGGGCAACAUAACAUUCCGAGAACUUCACGUCGCCGCUUCCAGUCGGAAAAAGAAAUUCGAGACAACCUCAUCAGUGUAAAUUCUAUCAUUCUAUUAUCAUACUCUCCGUCGUAUCGGAAGGUACGCGAUGAAACGUUCCGUUAAAAAUUGUCUCUAUACAAGCCUCUACACAUACCCUACGUUUAAGUUACAUUUCUAACGCGCGUCACUUCUCGCCUACUUUGUGCAGGCACCGCAAUCAUAUAAAAAGUAGUAGGAAGUAGUUUGCCGAAUUUAGUCGGUGUUGUAUUUUCACUUGUAUGUAUGCUUCAAAACAAUCGGAGCCGCUAAGAUCCAGGCGUGAAUCUGCAUGAAUUGCGUCAGGAGCUAUUCAACAAUUACGUCACAUUACGAGGGGGG